AAACCUUAUGAAUGCAAUCAUUGUGGAAAGGCUUUCAGACUAAACUGCCAACUUGCUGUACAUCAGAGAAUCCACACUGGAGAGAAACCUUAUGAAUGUAGUCAGUGUGGAAAGUCUUUUAGAAGUACCUCUGAGCUUGCUGUACAUCAGAGAAUCCACACUGGGGAGAAACCUUGUGAAUGUAAUAGAUGUGGAAAGGCUUUCAGGCUAAACUCCCAACUUGCUGCACAUCAAAGAAUCCACACUGGAGAGAAACCAUAUGAAUGCAAUCACUGUGGAAAGGCUUUCAGACUAAACUCCCAAUUUGCUGCACAUCAAAGUAUCCACACUGGAGAGAAACCUUAUGAAUGUAACAGAUGUGGAAAGACUUUCAGACUAAAUUCUUUCCUUGCUAUACACCAGAGAAUUCACACUGGAGAGAAACCUUAUCAAUGUGAUCAAUGUGGACAGGCUUUCACAAAGAGGUCAAUUCUUGCUGCACAUCAGAGAAGCCACACUGGAGAGAAACCAUAUGAAUGUAAUCAUUGUGAAAAGGCUUUUAGAAGUACCUCUGAGCGUUCUGCACAUCAGAGAAUCCACACUGGAGAGAAACCGUAUGAAUGCAAUCGAUGUGGAAAGGCUUUCAGGCUUAACUGCCAACUUGCUUCACAUCAGAGAAUCCACACUGGAGAGAAACCUUAUGAAUGUAGUCAGUGUGGAAAGGCUUUCAGAAAGAACUACACACUUGUUCAACAUAGGAGCAUCCACACUGGGGAGAAACCCUAUGAAUGCAAUCAUUGUGGAAAGGCUUUCAGACUAAACUCCCAACUUGCUGUACAUCAAAGUAUCCAUACUGGAGAGAAACCUUAUGAAUGUAAUAGAUGUGGAAAGACUUUCAGACUAAAUUCCUUACUUGCUACACACCAGAGAAUUCACACUGGAGAGAAGCCUUAUCAAUGUGAUCAAUGUGGAAAGGCUUUCACAAAGAGCUCAUUUCUUGCUGCACAUCAGAGAAUCCACACUGGGGAGAAACCUUAUGAAUGUAACCAAUGUGGAAAGGCUUUCAGACUAAACUCCCAUCUUGCUGUACAUCAGAGAGUCCAUACUUGAGAGAAAACCAAUGUGAUAAAACUUUUUUAUGUACACUCUCAUCUUAUUAUAUAAAUCUGAUGAAAGAAAAGGCCAAGAGACAUAUUUUCUGCAUAAUCAUUUUAGCUAUUUCUUGUAAACCAUAGGUGAAUCAUGGAGGCGUAUCAACACUUAUAUGCCCUUAGAAAAGUGGGUGUUACCAAGUGGUGUAAAUCAACUCUGAGUGAUUAAAAAUUGAGAGUGAAUAUUA